GAUCAUCGUCCCCACCCCGACGAGAAAACCCUACGCGAGGAAUCGCACAAAUCCUACAAGCUAUUUAUUCGUCGUCUCCUUCCCCUCUCCUCGUCCUCUUCCUCCUCCGCCAUGGAGUACUCCGCUCUCCCCGAUCAACAACAACAACAACAACAACAACAGCAACAACAGUAUCAUCAGUACCAGCAACAAGAGCACCAACCCCAACCGUACGACCCCUCCCAUGCCCAAGCCUACGAAGCCUACUACGCCUACCACCACCACUACGACCCCUCCGCGUACCACCACCACCAAUACUACCCCCAGAGCUACCCCUCCGCCUCCUACCAACCCCCUCCCCCCGGCGUUGAUCUCACCCCCAGCGCCACCGCCGCCGCCGCUCCCGCCGCUGCGGCGGCGGCGCAGGAUUCGGCGCACAUCCAUGGGGCCUACGCGGCGGCGCAGGAGCAGCAGGGCGCCGCUGCGGCAGCGGUGGCACCGGCGGGGCCGUACGAGGUGCACCAGGGGCUGAACCCCGCGGCGGCAGCCGCGGUGGCGGCGCUGUCGCAGCUGACGCAGUUCGCGGGGUCGAUGGCAGGGGGCCCGGAAGGGCAGUGGCACGGGCAACACCACCCUCAUCACCCGAUGGUUGGCGGUGGAAACCCAUAUAGGGGUGGCGGCAGGAGAGGCAGAGGGCCUUUCAGAGGAGGCCGCGGGGGCAGGGGAAACUUUGGUCCUCACCCUCCCAGACAAGAUGCUAUGGGCCCUUCCCCACCACCUGGUAGGGGAGGAGGGCGGGGCCGAAGAGGACGAGGAAGAUCCAGCAGGGGCGGUGGUGGACGGCCAUCAAAUCCGCCAGGGUCAUUAGUGACAGAGCCUGCGCCACCUCGCCGUCCUGCCCUGCCGGUUGCAUGGUGCGACGUUUGCCGGGUUGAUUGCAACAGUCUCGAAAUUCUGGAGCAGCACAAGAAUGGGAAGCGACAUAAGCGAACCGUGCAGAGAAUACAGGAAAUACAAGCUCAACAGAAGCUGAUGGGCAAUUUUGGACCGGUUGUUAUUGCUCAACCUGAACUUGUUCCUCCAGUCACUGCAGAAAACAGCUUUGCCCCUCCAAUCACUGCAGAAAACAGCUUCGUCCCUCCAAUCACUGCAGAAAACAGCUUUGUCCCUCCAAUCACUGCAGAAAACAGCUUUGCCCCUCAAGUGGGAGAAGUAUCUGAAGCUCCCAGUCAGAUGGGUGAAGGAAAAGAAGAGUAUACAGUGUCAGAUUAUAUGCCUCUGGUACAAAACAAAGAAUCUGCUGCUUUACAAAACACACAGGCUCCAGCUGUGGGAACUGAAAACAACCCAGAAGAUCCGAUGCAAACCCAGGCUGCUGACGGACAAACUGAGCCUCCAAAGGAAUUGGGAGAAAAAACCGAGGGUGCUCCUUCUGAUGCAAUCCAAUCGGAGGAAUUCCCAAAAGGGCGAUUCCAAAAGAGGCCGAGGAUGGACAGUUAUAAUAGGUUCAAUAGGAGGGGCGGUGCAAGCAGACAACCAAUGAGGUAUUGGCAGACAGAGAAGAGAAUGAGAUUUCCCGAACCGCCUAAGCCUAAGAGGGAGCAGCCGAGAGUGUGCACUGUAUGCAAUGUGAUGUGCGACACAGUAGCCGUAUUCGAUAUCCAUCUCGCCGGCAAGAAGCAUAUUGCCAAGAUCAAGCGGUUUCAAGGCUCAAAUUCUGUUUUCGGGCCCAUUCAGGUUUUCAUCCCUCCGAACCAGCCGACUGCUUAUCCACCUCGAGGCCCACAGCCGAUAUAUUAUGGGAUGAAAACCCCAGAGAUGAUCCAGCAGGAGGCUUAUAUGCUUAGCAGGGCUGCCCAACUCGAAGGUUAUGGGGUGCCGCAAGAGGUUCGCCAGUCUGUCGAAGCUGCGGAAGGUUCGGGGGCAGCGCAGCAAACGCAGGCUGAAGGGGAAAAUGCUGCUGGUACCGAAGGGAAGGAGAAUGUGCAAGCAGUCACGGAAUCUGGUUUGGAGAAUGCUACUACCGAAGGUGGGUCAUCGGUUGCUGCCGGUGAAGAUGUAGCCCCCGUUCUGGAGUACGGCGCUUCGGCUGCCGGAGGUUUUGUUCCUCCAGGACUUGAUGUUAAAGCAGAGGCAAGCACUGUUAACAAGGAAGAAGUAGGAAGCAAAGCGGAUGCGGCUUCGAAGUGAACACAGGCUGGCCGUUUUAUCUUUUUGGUCUAUUUAGAAUCUGAAAAUUUGCGGACAAGUACUUGAAAUCCUUUUUCGAAAUUUGUCUUGAUGGAUAUCGUUAUGAGGAUGUGGUACCUUUAGAAACUUACUAUUGAAGUCGUUGCACCAUUACUCCAUAAACUGUAUGCCGUAUCUCUCCGUUCGUGCAACAAUUUUAUCUGCUAUUUUUGUUUAAACAGAUAUUUUGUUUAUUUUAA